AUGCAUUGUCCAUUGCAGGCCAUAAUGAGUAAAGCCGAAGCAACCAAUCAAGCCAUAGAACCAUAUAUAACCGAAGAUAUUGACACAAAUGAUUACGUGGAAGCAACAUAUGAAUGUGAAAAAACAAACAGUAUCGGUGUGAACACUGAAUUUGAUGAGGAUGAAGUUAAAGAUGAAAGUAUUCUGGAAAAGGUUUUUGAUACACCCGAUGAUGCCUAUACAUUUUAUAAUGAUUAUUUAUUUUUUCAUGGAUUUGGUAUACGUAGAGAUGACACAAUAAAAAAUCCUAAAACAAAUGAGCAUUUUCGGAAGAUAUAUGUAUGCAACAAAGAAGGUUUCAAAAAGAUGGAAAAAAUGCUUCAAGUGAAAAUGAGAAAAAACGUCGUAGAGAUGUUAGAACCGGAUGUCAAGCAAAGCUUCGAAUAA